GUUCAUAGCAUGCGCCUCCUCAUAACCUCAACUUUCCCACAAAUGAAAUUGUUCAAAUAGGCUUUUUGAGAAAUUAAAGUGAUCUGGAAAACGCGUAGUCCCUCCUCAACACGAAAACGAGACCUUGAUUAGUGAAGUUUGGGUCUCUUAAUGAUGCGGAGAGCAGGAGCUGUACGGGAAUCCUCCUCUCAGACGCGCAUCACAGAGCACGAGAGAUGCCGACGUGGAGACCAACGCACUGCUGGCUGUUCACUUUAAGCAACGCAGAACAUUCCUGCGCUCUCUCCUCGUUUUUCUAAGCAAACAUUUUCCUUAGUUCUUCUUUUACAACCAAAUCGGCAUCCAAAAUGACUGGACUGAAGUUGGAAUGUGCGCUGAUUUUGUGCGUCUUUUUAUUGCCGUUCUCUCUACCGAACAGCCAGGUGCUGGACUGUCGCGAAGUGCGCUCAUCUUUUCAGUUUUUGUACCCGGGGAUGAAAUGGACCCCAGAACAGCCGGUUUCAGGCUCAGAUCUGCAGGUGUGCCAGCCGAAAGGCCUGACCUGCUGUUCCCGCAAAAUGGAGGAGCGCUACCUGCUUAUUGCCAAACAGAAUAUGGAGUCCAGUCUCCAGGCUACCAGCGCUCGGCUGAAAGUUCUCAUCAUUCAAAAUGCUGCCAUUUUUCAAGAGGCCUUUGACAUGGUGCUUCGUCUGGGUCGUAAUUCCACUCUGAUGUUAAUAAAAGAAGAGUUUCCUGGUUUGGGACCUGGGGCCAGCGGAGCCGUCACGCAGCUGUUCAUGGACAUGUCGAUGUACAUCCUGGGCUCCGAUGCCAACGUGAACGACAUGGUCUCUACCUUCUUCUCUCGACUUUUUCCACUCACCUACAGGCGUCUCCUUGGCAACGGGGCAGUGACGGGCAUCUCUGAUGAAUGCCUGCGCGGGGCCUGGCGCGGAACCUCUGCGUUCGGGUCCUUUCCCAAGUUGAUGAUGACACGGCUUUCUCGCUCGCUCCUGGCCACCCGGGUCUUCUUGCAAGCGCUGAACUUGGGCAUCGAAGUGGUCAACACCACUCAGCAUCUGCGGGCGGGCAGGGAUUGCGGGCGCUCUCUGCUGAAGUUGUGGUACUGCCCGCACUGUCAGGGGCUGUUGGAGGCCCGGCCGUGCCGUCCGCUUUGCAGCAGCACCAUGGGGGCUUGUCUGGGUGGAGCGGCGGAGGUGCAGCCUCACUGGAAGGCGUAUGUGGAUGAACUGGGAUCACUCGCUGCUGCCAUGAAGGGGGAACAGGACAUUGAGGCUGUGGUGCUCAGACUGAAUAUGGUUAUCAGACAAGCUCUUAAACAAGUUGUGGUGGCUAAAAGCAAAGUGAGCUCACAGGUGAACGGUAUGUGUGCGCACACGCCAUCCCGCGUGUCUCGCGCUGUUGCGAUGUCGAAAGAACACACAUCUGCCUCGUUGGUGCCCCAAAACCGCCCAUCUAUGAACUUUGACCCGGAUGAGACCCUCUUCGGACGGCGUAGGGAGUUUAUCUCGGGUCUGAGGGGCUUCAGUCAGUUCUACAGUGGGCUCGGUGACGCUUUGUGCAGUAAAGAGUCAACAGUUCUCAACAGCUCCCUCUGCUGGAAUGGACAGGAGAUGACGGACAAGUUUCCUGGUCCAAGCCUGAAAAAAGUCCAGCCUCACGCUACAGAAUCCAGACAAAAACCUCCCGAGCCCAUCAUAAGCCAGAUCAUUGACAAACUCAAACACAUCAAUCAGCUUUUGCGAAUGGUGACGUUGCCUGGAAAGCGAUGGAAGGCUCGACCAGCGGGGGGCACCGCAAGAAGAGUUCCGGCCCGGCAGGGUCAGACAGACGAGGAUGAGGAGGGUCUGGAGAGUGGGGACUGCGAUGAUGAAGAUGAGUGUACUGGUGUUUCUGGACUUGGUCCACCCCCGAGACGCAAACGCCUGCGGAUUAUUGCAGACUUGGCAGAUAACUUGGCAAUUGACGAUUUGAUGCUUCACGAGUUACUGCUGACUCCUCGAUUGGCCACAGACACCCACGGCGGAGCAUCUGUACCCGGAGCAGGACGGGCGGCUUGCCUUUCCAUUGGAACCUUCCUUUUUACCAUCAUUUUUUUAAUGCUGGAUAUCCAGUGAUCUUCAAUCUUCUCCGAGCAUCUUUAAACUCAUUUAAUGAGAGUUUUAAAGAGACGUUACUGAUGCCCGUAUGUACAUACAGCUCCAUGUUUCAGCCAAGGACAGGGGAACCUGUUUUUCUUCUCAGUCUCAAAUUUUACAUUCACUUUUUAAAUUUUUUGGUGGAAUUGAGGAUUUAAGCAUAAUUUUAAUGCCCAGACCCAGACAGCUCCAUUCUUCUACAGCAUGAAGAGCACAUACUCUACGAAUACACAUAAGAAUCAUGUUCUUUCCCCUAUGCUUGUAUGCCACACAACAGCCGUGUGUUUUACAUUGAACAUUGCCUCCCCUCUGCUAUACACAUGCCGUUUUACACAAAGGCCAAAGGCUUCUGUAGGAAAAGGAGUUGAGUCUCCUUUAAAAAGACAAGGAGACGCUGCUUUCGUGAGUGAAUGGGCACUUAAAGGAGAAGUAACCGUGACCAGAGGAGUCUAGGAAUACAUACAAGUGCUCCAGCGGACACAGCCUAUCACGACUGUCUCUCAUAUACACACUUAUGUGAGCCUUUCCUCUGCCACUCAUUUCCUGUGCAGUAAAUGAUGCUUGGAGUACUGCACAUCAAGGCAUCGGCAUGUUGUUUUGAAACCGCAUCCUUACAGGACGACACAGCUGUACUUCAUUUUGAAAAAAAAAGAGGAGAUGCUUUUAAACUUUUUAUUAGAAUGCUGACUUUCUCUUUUCCGAAAUUGUGGUAUUUUAUAUUUGUCUUUGUUUUGAUGUCUCUCGUUAUCUUAUAGGCUCCCUCUCUUAUUCUUUAAAAUGUUUAAUUAGAAUGAUGUGGUUAAAUUUACUUCCUCUUUUCACCUUCCAUCUUUCACAGGUCACCAUAGCAUUUGCAUUCAAGAAAAGAUGAUGAUGGCUUAAUAGAUCGGUGCAUGUCAAGUUUCGGACCAUUUAUCUUCAUAUGCAAAGGGCUAAACAUUUGGAUUCAGAUCAGAUUGCUCCUGUGAUCUUACUUGGAAAACUUGAUGUUUACAAAUUGACACUUUUUGACACAAGUAAAUUCAUUUCUGAUCUCUGUGUGGUUCGUAAAUGGAACCUUUGAUCUGAGGUUUUUAAACUCUGUUUUAACCCCAAGUUUGUCCUUAUUUCUUAUUUUUCCUAAUUACAUCCUACAAACUGGUCACUUUAAUUUUAAAUAAUUUGUGAAGAAGACAAUUUUUCUAUAUUAAUCAUAAUUUUUAUGUUGAAAUACUUCACAUACACAGCUUUUUUCAAAACUUUGCUCUGUUUUGUUUUGUUCUAAAGCUACUUCAAUAUCUCUCCUAAAGAAAAAUGCACCAUGCUUUACAGUAUGACCAGAGCUCACAUGUUUUAUAUGUUUCACACAUUUUUGAGGCGGAUGUAGUGUCCGAUUCUGUCACGCUUUCAGGCCGAAUAGCUAUGUGUUGGUUUUAUUUGACUACAAAAUCUUUUCACACAUUGCAGCUUGGUCAAUAUUAUGCUUCAUGCCAGGCUCCACUUCUAACUUCAUGAGGUUCAUCGUGAAUAAUGCCUUCUUUUGUGCCACCCUCUCCAACCGACCAGUGAUAUACAGAGCUCUUGAUAUGGUUCACUGGCACCUUCACGUCGUUCUCAACUGAACCCUGCAGCUCCUUCACUGAUCACUGGCCUCUCUGUAGCUUCUCUCACAGGUCCCCUUGUUCAGAGUUUUGAACGACAGGCUUUUCUGGACAAUCUCUAGGUGGUUAGGUGUAGCCCCCACUUACUGAUGCAAUUCAAACACUUUGAUAAUGUUUGUAUCCUUUUGCUAAUUUAAACAUUUGUUUUGCUUUAUCUGUAAUUUCUCUGUAAUGCUCAUUUUGUCUUCAUUUUCACAGCUGUCCUUCAGAUUCACAGACUAGAUAAUGAUCACUUAUCCGUGGGGUUUUAUCCAGAAGAUGUGGUAGUUAUUUUAAUGAGACACAGGUAGAGGCCAAUUGUAAGUCAAUUGUGUGCUUGUUAGGGCAGUUUCUUUCGCAUCUGUGUAAACUUAAAGCUUCUGCAAUACAGUAACUGAGCAGUUUUUUUUCUCCAUAAAAAUAGACAUUAUAGUUAAAAACAUUUCAGUUUCACACCGUAGAAAUGAAAAUAUCUAUUUAGUAAUUCACCAAAAGGAUAGGUUAGGUAAAAGUCUGACAGAGAACUGUGUGUUUAAAGGGUAUUUAUUGUGACCUAUGUGAUAAAUACACCUGGCUGAAAGUAGUCAGAAAUCUUUUUGUGUUUACACGUUAAGUUGAAGGCAUAUAAACUUUAUAUACAUACUGUUUGCGGUUUGAUGGAGUGAUAUAAAAAUCUCUCAACUUAAUGGAAACAAAUAGUUUGCUUUCAAUACAGUAUGUAGUAAAUGAAUUAUGUGCUCCUGCCUGUAAUGGAAUGUGUUGAGAAGCGUAAUUAAACUCUGAAUUCUGCAAUACUGUUUAUACUGGUGCUGAUUGCACAGUGGGGGAGCAUUCAAGGGCCAUUUGGCACAUCUGAGUAUACUUGAGCUUGGCUUGAGCUGUUUAAUAUCCAAAGUACAGGGGGAGGGGGAAAAUGGAGCCCUUCAUUCACGUCAGGAUACAGUUACUCGAACCUCAUAUUAGUAAAGCAACUGUCCCGUCUCAGUAGCCUACCUGCUUUUUUAUUAACCAGUGUACAGAAUGUUUAGUGGUCAAUACUCAUUUUCAAGGUCGAAGCUGUUAUUUCAGUGUAUCGAAUACUGUACAACCCAAAUGCUGUUUAUUUGUGACAAUAACGUACAUGUGUUAUAAUUUCAAGUUUUCAUGUAAAUAAUAAUCAAAUAAAAAUGUUAAAAUCACAA